AUGACCGGCUACAUCGUGCUGGAGUCCAUACUGGCGGUGCUGGUAAUCUCGAUCAAUUUACUGGUUUGCGCCACGGUCUACCUGCAUAAAGAAGCGCGCUCCCUGACCAGCUGUCUGAUAGCGUGCCUGGCGGUGGCGGACCUCGGCGUGGGCGCCCUAGGGAUCCCUUUCUCUGUGAUGCUGAGCCUGAGGCGGACUCUGUGCUUCUACACCUGUCUGUUCAUGGCGUGCUUCCCGCUGGUCACGGCCCAGUUCUCGGUUCUGGUGAUGCUGGUUAUCGCGGUGAACACGCACCUCAAGACCCGACUGCCGAGCAGACGCUGUCCUCACGUCUCCUGUCUUUGCUUCUCUCUCCGCAGGUACCAGGUUCUGGUAAACAAGCGGCGCCUGUUGGCCGCGGUCUUCCUGUGCUGGCUGGCCUCAGUCCUGGCCGGCUUCACCCCGCUGAUGGGCUGGAACCGGCUGCGGAGCUUCGGGGAGGACCAGGGGAACCGAUCCGCCCUGAUCAGCUUGGGCCCGUCGGAGCGCUCCAUCAUCGGGCAGCACCUCCCUUACGGAGGCUUCCUCAGCAAGGUGUACGUGCGUUACCGCAAGAACCAGACCUACGCACAGACCCACGCCUCGCACCUCGGCCCCUGCUCCCUGGAAGCGGUGGUCAACCCCGAAUACCUCGUCUACUUCCACUUCCUGGCCGGCACCCUGCUGCCCCUGGCCGCCGCGCUGGUCCUGUACACCGACCUCUUCUUCUGUCAGGUCCGCGGGCAGCUCCCCUCGCCGCGGGAAACCCACGCCCCUUGCAGACCGGCAAAGAGGAGGGAGAACCGGACCGCCCGGACUCUCCUCCUGAUGCUGGCGCUGUUCUCGCUGUGCUCGCUGCCCCGGCACCUGACCAGCGCGGUGCGGCUCUUCCGCCCCACCUGCAGCCCUCCCUCCUGGCUCCCCCCGCUCACCGCGCUCCUCUCCCACCUCAACUCGCUCGCCGGCCCGCUGCUCUACGCGGCGCGCAGGAGGGAGUUCGGAGCUGCCAUGCUCUCGGUGCUCGGGCGCGGAUUCUCCCGCGGCCGCCCCAGUAAUAAGGUCUACCCCCGGGUGUAGGGUCUACCCUAACCCCAAUCCCCGAAACCAGAUCCAGGAAACCUCAGUGUCAAGGUAGAUGGGUGUAGGAAGUAAAUAAGCUUUUGAGAUGGUUUUAUUUGCAAUGGUAAGCGAUAUGUUGUGCAUUUUACAGUUGAUUUGAUAAAGCCCCAGUUUAACUGAUGUAAUUGUUAUUGUAUCUCUGGGAAUUGCUAGGAAAUUGAAGACUAUUAUUAUUAUUAUUAUUAUUAUUAUUAUUAUUAUUAUUAUUAUUAUUAUUAUUAUUACAAUGAUAUAUUUGCAUGUUUUCCAUGCUUCUUUAUAAACAAAAAUAAAAUUAAAAAACUAAAUAAAUAAUUGUGAGC